AUGGGCUCGACAGGAUCAAAUUUCGUAUUGCUUGAUUAUUUGGCAGCACUCGUUUUCAUCUUUAUUGGAUUAUGCGUAGUAGUUAAGAAGUUAGAUAGCAUAGUUUACGAGUUGCAAGCCUUAAACAGUAACUUGGCAGCACUUAGAGGAUGA